ACUAUUCAGUCGAUCAUAGACGUUUGCACUGGCUUAAUCAUAUUAAUAAUAAUAAAAGAUUUAACCAUUUGAAUGUUGAAUUGUAAGCAGUUAUUUAUGAAUCGGUCAAAAUUAUUAAUCAUGUACAAUUAAUUUUAAUAUUAACAUUCUCUAUUUAGUGCUGUUAUCUUAUUAAAUUUUCAUUAUACUAUCGUUGUCAGUCGAUGACCAUGAAAUCUUUGUUCUCCUGGCUAACGUGUUUUUGUUUCAUUUUUGAAACGGGCAUUUUGUGUGAUAGAAAACUUGAAAAACGACAAACCAUAUUUUCUUGCCCGGGUGUAACGGAAUAUGGGUGUGGAUCUGGCGAGUGCAUUGAUGUCUCAAAUACUUGUAAUGGAAUACGAGAUUGCAGUGAUGGAUCGGACGAAACUUCACUUUUGUGUGAAACGGUCCUGUGUCCUGCACAGUAUACAUUCAGGUGCAAAUAUGGCGCUUGUAUCAGUAACAAGAAUAUAUGUGACGGCAUCGAACAGUGUGCCGAUGGUUCAGACGAAGAAAAGUGUCCCAAUUCAACUUUAAUAUCAACAUUUACGAGUUCAAUACCUAAAAAACCUGACACGGCAAAACCAAAACCAAUAACCGCGCCGUCUCACAUUAAGAAAACUUGCAGGAUACCGGCAAUUGAGGGCACAAAAUAUUUUUACAAAGAUCGGAAUCAAAAUUUUUCUCUGUCUCAUGCCACUGAAAUUGAACAAUAUCGCAUAAUUGAGGAAGACUGCGAAGCUGGGUAUUAUAAAGUUGUUCCUUACAGAUUUAUGGUAUGUUCAGAAUCCGGACAAUGGAGACCAUUCGUAACUGAAGAAUUAUGUUUGAAAAUGUGUCCACCUAUGAAAUCAGAUAGUUUGGAUUUUGAAUGUACCUUUGAGGAUAAAUAUAUUAGUUGCUUAACUCCAGUACCUGGCACUAUAUUGUAUCAAACAUGUAAAGUCACUCAUAAAUUACCAAGUGGACAGGAACAAGUCCCACAUCAAUUACUUUGUCUGGAAAAUGCAACAUGGAGUGAUGCUCUAUAUACUUGUAUUCCAACUUGUGGUCUACUAUAUACUCCAAGUGAAGUAUUAAACGAUGGGAAAGUAGAAUAUGGGACAGUGCCUUGGAGUGUUGGAUUAUAUAGACAAAUAAAAAGUCGUGAUGGGUUUUAUGAAUUAAUAUGUGGAGGAACAUUAAUUGCUCUGAAUAAAGUUAUCACUGCGGCCCAGUGUUAUUGGGAAGAAGGGUAUACGAAUAAAAUAUUGAUGAAUGAAAAACAUAAGUAUAAAAUUGCCGUCGGAAAAUAUACUAGUGACCUUUCGAUAAAGGACAAUAAUUUUACUCAGAUUAUCGAUGUGGGUUUUGUUUAUCUGAAAGAGAGUUAUUAUGGCCCUUCUGGGUAUUAUGCCGAUGAUUUAGCUAUUAUCGUGUUACAAACUCACGUUACAAUCAGCGACGUUGUUAUGCCAGCUUGUAUCGAUUGGUUCAAACAAUAUUCUGUUCCGAAUGGAUCUAUCGGAAAGGUUUUCGGCUGGGGAAAAUCGGAAGAUUUGGAAACAAGUUCUGUUUUGUUAGAAGCAAACGUAUCAUACACUGACAAAAAUACUUGUCGUGAUAUGUAUUCCAAUGGAUUUCAAUCAUUGGUGACUAUUGAUAAAUUUUGCGUCGUUUCUCAAUUAGAACAAAGUAUUACUGAAGGAUUUAUUGGAUCAGGCUUAACAUUUGAACACGGGGCUAUACAAUUUUUGACCGGAAUAGCGAGUGUCAUGGAUCCAUACACAAACGAUUUAGUCGCUGUUUUUACGGAUGUAAGUCACCAUAUUCAAUGGAUUCGCGAACGACUUCUCUAAUGUAUAAGUGAAUACAUCAUGGUAUAGUAAGAUGUAUUCAUUCGUUUCACACCGAAUGAUUUUUUUUUUAUUUAUAAACUAUAUUGUGUAAAACUCGGAUUAAAUAAUACGAAACCUUAGUAUUAAAAAUUUCGUACAAUAAAUUAUUUAUUUUACAUUA